AUGGCCACACCACAACGAUCACCCUCGGCCUCAUCACAUGCGGGGUCCCUAGAAGCGCACCCACGAGAGCUUGACGCAGAUCCAGCGGAAGAGACAGUCGCCACGGGGGGCAGCGGUGAAGGCUGCAGUGACGGUGCAGGGACCCGUGUGUCGUUCCCAGGAGAGGGUUCUGAGCUUGCACAGAAAAUGGCAAUGAUGGGUCUGCGAGUCACCCCGCCCGACAUGCUGCCUCCGAGUCCUCCGCUGACCCCGCUUAACGUCGACAGCAGUGCCAGGCCCAGUCCUCCGGGGACGCAAGAGGGCAACAUGAGCUCAGCACACGCACAUACGCACGAGGACGACGAGGACGACAUCACAAACCUCCGUACGUCCUGGGCCGAGGAUGACCUCGGGUCAGUCACCUCCAACUCCAAGGCAUCCUCGCCAUCUGCGGACCAUGUAGUGCGUUCAUUAUUUGGUUCGGGCCAGCCGUCUCGCUCCCAGGGCACGCAGGAACACCCGCUCCGGUCUCCGUCCCCCCCGCUGUGGGAGCAAAUAGGUCCGCCACCAGACAGGCAGCCCGACCUGUACGGCUCGUCCAACACGCGAGUCGCACAAGAGUUCUCCAGCUCAAAGCCUCUACGCUCUCGGCCGCUUAUACCUUAUUCAUCGUAUUACUUUGGCCCGCCACCACGGGACGCAGCAUUCGGGACACCACCAGUCGGCCAAAUUGGCGUACACCAUCCACGGGAGAUCGUCCGAAUUGAGAGGGACUAUUCUGGCGGUGAGCUGCCGCAGUUUGCACCUGUCUACCCUCUGGAAAUAGAAGGCAGGGUCAACCCAACACAAUUUCUUGAGACGAUCAAUGCCAUCAACGAGGUGCUUCUCUCUGCACAUAGCGUGCCACACUCGUUCGCGGAGAAUACGCUUGCUUUCUUCUCACUGCAACUCUCGCGCGCUGUCUUCACGUCGCACUACGAGAAGGAAAUGCAGCGGCUCGAGCACCUGAUAGACGAUAUCAACACACGGGUGUUCAACCCCGUCGGCAUGAACAUCCUCUGGCCACGCAAGGUGGCCUUCCUCUUCCUCGAGAUCGAGUAUUACGUGAGUCUCCCUUCGUCUGGCAGCACGCUCUGGACGCCUGAAUCUUGA